AUGGGCAAGGCACAAUCAACAUCAUCUAGUAAAUCUGAUGCUACGACAAAUGCAUCUGCAGUUCUAAAAGGUGCAGAAGGUCGUCAACGUAUCAAUAUUCAACAGAUGCAAAAUGUUCUUCUAAUCUGGUUAGACAGUAAUAUUGAUGAAACAAAAAAGGAUUGCCAAAAUACAAUUACAAAAUUACGAAGUGCUGUUAACGACAUUAAUACAUUUACAGAUGGUGAUCAAUGUCUUGAAUUCAUUAAAACCAUCAUCGAUAACAAAGUAUGUAUCAUUGUAUCGGGAUUACUUGGAGAACAUAUUGUGCCUCGUGUACAUAAUAUGCCUCAAAUUGAUUCGAUUUUUAUUUUCUGUGGCAAUAUAAAUCAUCAUGAAGAAUGGGUCAAAGAUUGGCCAAAAAUAAAGGGUAUCUUCACAGAUAUUACACCCAUUUGUGAAGCACUCAAAGAAGCUGCUCAUCAAUGUGAGCAAAAUGUUAUUCCCAUGAGUUUCGUGGGAUCAAAUAAAAAUUUGGAUCAAUUAGAUCCUUCUUUUAUGUACACUCAAAUCAUCAAAGAAAUAUUGCUCACCAUCAAAUUUAACGAGAAGCAUAUCGAAGAUUAUAUUAAUUACUGUCGCAAUGUUUUCAAAGGUAAUAAAAAAAAAACCGAAAACAUUAAACAAUUGAAACGUGAGUAUUACAACGAAACACCCAUUUAUUGGUACACCUGUGACAUGUUUCUGCACUCUAUGCUCAAUCGUGCAUUACGAGUGAUGGAUGGGGAUAUCAUAACACGUAUGGGUUUCUUCAUUAGUGAUCUCCAUCGACAAAUUGAUCAACUACAUAAGGAACAAUAUGAUAGUACAACUGCUACUAAUACCUUCACUGUUUACCGUGGCCAAGGUUUAUCUACAGCGGAUUUUGAAACAAUGACUACAAAUAAAGAUGGCCUUAUUUCAUUCAACAACUUCUUAUCUACCAGUACGCUUCGAGAAAUUUCACAAGAGUUUCUUCAAGGUGCUGUAACAAAGCAAGAUCAAGUAAGUGUUCUUUUUAUUAUGGAAAUUAAUCCUGCUCAAUCAACAACACCAUUUGCUUCAAUUGCUGGUCUUAGCAAACUCCCACAAGAACAUGAAAUCUUGUUUUCAAUGCAUAGCGUGUUUCGGAUCAAGGGUAUUAAACAAAUAGAUGGAAAUGAUCGUUUAUAUGAAGUUAAUUUGACACUGACUGCUGACAACGACCCGCAAUUGAACAGACUUACAGAGUACGUUCGACAAGAGAGUUAUCCAGAUACUGAAGGAUGGGCACGAUUGGGGUUGGUACUAUGGAAAAUGGGUCAAUUUGACACAGCUGAAGAUAUUUAUAAUGUUUUAAUUGAUCAAACAAGGGAUGAUAAAGACAAGGCACCUCUAUAUGAUCAACUUGGUUCAAUAAAAAGAGACCAAGGAAAAUAUGAAGAAGCACUUACAUUCUAUGAAAAAUCACUUGCUAUCGAUCAAAAAAUACUUCCUUCCAAUCAUCCUAAUUUAGCUAUAUCCUACAACAACAUUGGUUUGGUACAUAAAAACAUGCGUAAUUAUUCAGAAGCACUUUCAUCUCAUGAAAAGGCCCUUGAAAUCAAACAACAAUCACUGCCUUCCAAUCAUCCUAAUUUGGCUAUAUCCUAUAACAACAUUGGUAUAGUAUAUAAAAACAUGGGUAAUUAUACAAAAGCACUUUUUUAUUACGAAAAAGACCUUGAAAUCAGUAAACAAUCACUUCCUCCAAAUCAUCCUGAUUUGGCUGGCUCCUACAACAAUAUUGGUGCAAUGUAUGAAGCCAUGGGUAACUACUCAAAAGCCCAUACAUUUUAUGAGCUUGCUGUACAAAUUUCACAGCGGUCAUUACCUUCAAAUCAUCCCGAUAUUCGAUUAUAUAGAAAUAACCUCAAACACGUACAAAACAAAUACUAA